AUGUUUGUCAACUUUUCGUUUCGUGCCGAUCCUAAACUUAAAGAAUCUGCAUUGGAAGAGAUUCAAAAUCACAUUAAAGAUCAUUUAAACGAAAAUAAAUUGGUCCCAUGGUUUAAUUUUCAGCCGAACAAGGCUUAUCUUGUUGAGAUUUGGUUCAGAGAUAUCCAGCAAGGUUUAUCAGUGGUUAACCUUCUUUAUAAUGAUAUUUUGAAUUUUGUUUUAAAUAAUUUCAAUAAAUAUUAUAGCCGCCUGCGUGUCGAAUUUAAAGGAUCUGAUGUUUCAAUAUCAAUCUACGAUCCAUUGGCUGAUAUAAGUAUCUGGAAAGAACGAGAACAAGAAGAGCAAAAAUUACGAAAUUGGUUAAGAGAACCUCCAGAAACGUUUAUUGUCUUGUUGGGUCCAAGUGGAACUGGUAAAAGCAAAUUUAUUGAUCAAGUGAUUCAAGAUAAAAAAAAGCAUCAAAAGAAAUCAAAUAAAUUUAUUGAGCCACAAUUUGUAGAAUCUUAUGAUCCUGCUGAUAUUCCAAUCGUGGUGAUUGAUUCAUUUAUGACUAAAGAUACGACUGAGAGGGAUGAAAUUUGGAGUCAUUUAGCUAAAUUAGCUGCCUUGUUAGUUGAUAAUGGUGUUGCACAUGUGGUAUUUAUAAGUUCUAAUGUGGGAAUUGUUAAGAGUUUGAGUAAAGCUGUAAACUUGGUUAAAAUGAAUGUUGAUGGCUACAAUAUUGAAGGUUUAGAAGAAUUUGUUGGAAUUUUAGGUGGCCGGUUAACUGAUUUAAGAUUUUUUAUAAAUAAAAUUCGUGGUGGGCAAACUCCUCAAGAUGCCUUAAAUGAUUUAAUAACAAAAGCAACUAUUGAGAUUCGAAAAAUUGGCUUUGGUGAUGAUACGGAUGACGCAAAAACUAUCCCUUGGAAGGGAAUACAAUUUUGGUAUUUGAUGAAGGAAUUGGCUCGAAGCGAUCGUGUAUCAUAUGACGCAAUCAAAUUUUCACCAUUCUUUAAUGGGGAUGAUACAGCAAUUAGAGCUAUGGAAGAAGCAGAGUUGAUAAAUAUUUUACAGCUUAGUGGUCGACCGGAUCAGAUUCAACUUGGAAAACCACUUUAUAAAGCUGCAUUUGAACAUAUAUUAUCUGACUCAAUAUUUGCCGCCACUAUGGAAUUACAAACUGCCCAAUAUAUGUUAUCUCUUGAAACUGGAAAAAUAAAUAAAUUUGAAGAAGAAUUGGAGAAAUUAGGGCAAUUAUUUGUUAAACAAGAAGGCAAAUGGCUAUUGGGUGGUGGACAUGUUCCAGUUUCUGUAGAUGAGAGAGUGAAAUUUUUAUUAUCGAGAUUACAAAAAUCUCAUACAAAUGCUGAGAAAUGGCAAUUAGAAGUUGAUAGGCUUAAAAAAGUGGUUGCAAGUG